AUGCCUCCGAGAAGAGGCGGAGGUGCUCGUGGACGUAGAAAAAUAGUACAAGAAUCUUUUAGAACAACCACUCCAACAACUAAUACAAUACAAACACCAUCAACUACACCAGAAAUACAACAACAAACCAACAAAAUAAAACUCAAAUUCGAAGUAACACCACUAAUAGUUGAAACAGAUUCAAUUACGAAGGUUAAAUUAAACCAUAUAAUAAAGAAUUAUCUAGCAGAUGUUAAAAUUUCUAAUAUACAAAACAAUCGUCCUAAUUCAUUUAUUUUAUAUCCGAAUGAUGUAAAAUCGUUCAACAAAAUUCCAAAUGAUCUAUCUUUGAUUAUUCAAACUAACGAAAAUCAACGUGCAGAGCAACAUCCUAGUUGUUGUAAUUGCAAAGGCGAUCAUGUUGCUACCUCAACAGAUUGUCCUAAAUUUAAGGAGUAUCAACAGAAAAUACAAAGAACUAUCAACCAAUUCUCAUCAACAAUUCAACAUCAACAUAAUACAACAUCAUCAAUUUGUCCUAAUUGGAAUGAUUUAGAUGAAUUUCCAAUGCUUCAAACCUUAGACAAAGUCAAUAAAUUACCACUCAUCGAAAUAAUUUCCGAAAAAAUAAUAGCUGCUGUUGAACAAGCUACAGAAAAAAUCUUUCAAGUCUUAAAUCGAAAGUUUGAAAUGUUAACAAAUCAUCUUAGUAAUAAAUUUAACAUUGAAGUUGAAGAGUUGUUAACAGAAAAAAAUGAUUAUAUACCAAAAAACCAUGGUAAUACCAAAACAAUAACACAACUAAGAACUACACAAGAACAACCUCCAAUAGAUGCCAACAAUGAAAAAGAAUAUUCAUUAAUAACACCUAACAAUGAAAACAAAAAGAAAUUCAUCUCUCCAAAUAGUCUAAUGGAUAAACUUCAACCUAAUGCCUAA